AUGGCGUUGAUACAUGCUAGCAAAUUACCGCACAGAUGCAGUGCUAACCCCAAACCGGCACAGUAUUGCGAGAACCUGUUUUGUGGGCUGCUUCACCUCAAGCAUGCGAGAUACGGUGGGACUAUUGUUAGCAGCGACGUCGGUUUAGUUGCUGCACAUGAGGCAGGCAGCGGUAGCCCGGGUGACGGCAAUGCAUUCAAGAGGGUCCAGGGAUUUGUCAAACGUAGUUUGCAUGUCACAAAGCGUGAUAACUCACAGCGCGUGACGGGGACGGUGAGUUUUUGGUCGACAACAACGCUAGCCCCGCUGUCGGCGGGCUGGUUGAAGCGAACAAGUCGGUUAGGUAAUUACUUGGGUGGCAGCAGGGAUAAUACCGGGAUUCUUGUUUACGCACCUUCCGAGCAUGUAAGCUGUAGUUUGGGCAACGGGCGCUGUCGUGUUGUCAUUGUCAUCAAGAUUGGACCCACCAAGGCGCCUACUACUACUGUUUGUUUGGAUCUGGUCGGUUCAACAUGCGACGAUCCAGGCUACGGCCAGGCCAAUGCCGCGACCGGUAGCGAGUCCAGCUGCAAUCCGUGA